AUGCGUUCCGAGGACUCUACAUCGGUUGAGAUUCCCCAUAAUGGCGUGGCUCAAAGUCCACCUCGUGUGCCACGGCGUAGGUUCCAGCCAAAAAUCUGGGUGAAGCUGACCUUUUUCGUGGGUGCUCUGGUUCUGAUCUGUUCGGGGAUUCCUGCCAUCGUCCUCUGGAGGCUGUCAAAGGCAACAUUGACGGAAGAGAUACGGGAAAGGCUCAGCAUCGUUGCUAGCCUUCGGCAAGAACAGAUACUCACAAUCCUUCCUCCCGCCGCCACGCCUCCAUCUGCCCGCCGACGCGUCCGACCUCCGCGCCGACGCGGACGACCAGCGCGGCGACGCGGACGACCUGCGACCGCCGCGGACGGCCAGCGCGCGACCCCCGACGACCAGCGCGCUGCCGCGGACGGCCAGCGCGGCCUCGCCGACGGCCCGCGCGCUGACGCGGACGGCCAGCGCGGCCCCGCCGACGACCCGCGCGCUGACGCGGACGGCCAGCGCGGCCCCGCCGACGACCCGCGCGCUGACGCGGACGGCCAGCGCGGCCCCGCCGACGACCCACGCGCUGACGCGGACGGCCACCGCGGCCCCGCCGACGACCCGCGCGCUGACGCGGACUGCCAGCGCGGCCCCGCCGACGAGCCGCGUGCUGACGCGGACAGCCAGCGCGCGGCCACGAAAGAACCGCGCGCCACCACGGACGGCCAGCGCGCGGCCGUCGACGCCCCUGCGCCGACGUGGACGGCUGGCGCGCAGCCGCGGCUGAUCUGCCCGCCUGGUUAUACACUCCGCUCCGUCGUGUUCCAGGAGGAAGGCGGACUCCAGCCCAUCGCCCCUUCUGCCCCCACCGGACCUCCUCCUGAUGAGCCCGGACCUGAGCCCGAGUCCCCUGGUGAUCCUCCCUCCUUCGCACCGGAUGUCAACAAUCCUCAAAGCGUGGAAACUGCCAUCCGUGCCUACCGCAACACACUCAACGACCACCUUCGCCGUCAACUGCGCUAUGAGGACGACAAGCGCGCCUACGACGAGGCUGCUGCCCGUCACCGCGACUACCACGCCCAACUCACCACGUACACUACACGCCUCGCUAGCUACACCUCCGACAUCGCUGCGUGGCGCAUUGCUGACCGCCGAGCUCUCGCCAUCCUCCUCGCCACUAUCCCCUCCUCCCUCAAGCGAGAACUCUCACCCACCUCCUCCUCCCACCUGUGGCAACUGCUUGUCGACCUCUUUGACCGACAGGACAUCGCCACCCUCUAUGCCCUCAUCAAGGACUUUGGAUCCAUCACCAUGGAUUCCACUGCCGGCGCAGCCGCCUUUACUCGCCGCGUCCUUGACCUUGCUCGCCGCCUUGCAGCACUUGGUGUUACCUACCCUGACACCGUCAUCUGCUGCCACCUCCUCGAAGGCCUCACUCCUGCCUUCGAUGCCCACAAGCUGGCCUAUAUGCAACUCCUCUCCAAACAUGACACUCCCGCUCAAGUUGCCCAGUGGAUUAUCACCACCGAGGCAGAAAUCCUUCGCCACUCCUCCUCCACUGCCGCGGUAGCACAGCAGCGCAGCGGCAAAGGCGGACGUGGAGGGGGGCGUGGAGGCACUCAGCGAUGA